GUGUCUACUAAGUUUGGACCGCUUCGCUAUCCGUACUGAGCCGCUGACAGCUGCAGUGGCGAGGUGGUGGUGUGCAAGAGUGAGGUUCAUUCAAAACACUCCAAAAUGGCUUUCCAGUGUCAACGAGACUGCUAUAUGAAAGAGUUUGUUACGUCUGUGGUGUCCUGCUGCCCUGCUGAUCUUAAACAAGAAGUCAAUGGGAAGAAGGAAACUCUGAAGGGCUUCAAUGUCAAGCUCCAAGACACCAUCCUGUUUCCUGAGGGAGGUGGCCAACCAGAUGAUCAUGGGCUGAUAGGAGACGUGCCAGUGUUGCGGGUGACGAGGCAGGGGGCUGAGGCCAUUCACUUUGUAAGGUCAUCUCUGGAGGAAGGGCAGGAGGUGCAGCUGAAGGUGGACUGGGAGAGGAGGUUCGACCACAUGCAGCAGCACUCAGGGCAACACCUGAUCACAGCUUUGGCAGAUACAAUGUUUGGAUACAAAACAACAUCCUGGGAACUGGGCCGUCAGAGAAGCAGCAUAGAGCUGGACACUCCCUGUGUGAAGCCUGCCGAGCUCCAGGCACUGGAGGAAGCAGUGAAUGAGAAAAUCAGAGCCCACGUCCCUGUCACUGUGCAGCUUCUGUCUAUAGAUGACCCUGCUGUGGAAAAGGUGAGGAGUCGAGGGCUGCCAGAUGAUCAUGCAGGGCCCAUUCGGAUCAUCGAUAUUGAGGGUGUUGAUGCCAACAUGUGCUGUGGCACCCAUGUGUCUAACCUCAGUCACUUACAGGUGAUAAAGCUACUGGGGACUGAGAAAGGAAAGAAGAGCAAAACCAACCUGAUCUUCCUGACAGGAAACCGGGUUCUGAAGUACGCUGAGAAAAGCUACAGCACAGAGCGGUCUCUGGUCUCUCUUCUGAAAACUGGGGCUGACGAUCAUGUCGAGGCAGUAGACAAACUUCAGAAGUCUGUCAAGCUGCUACAGAAAAGUAACCUGAGCCUGCUUCGAGACAUGGCAGUCCUCAUUGCCCAGAACUUCAAGAACAGCCCACAGAGAGGAAACUUCUUCAGCUUGCACAAAAAAGAGGGUGACAAUGAGUUUAUGAAUAUCAUUGCCAAUGAAAUAGGAACUGAGGAAACUUUGGUUUUCCUGACUGUUGGGGAGGAGAAGGGUCCUGGUCUGUUUCUGCUGGCUGGACCCAGUGGAGUGGUGACAGAGAUGGGACCACGGGUGCUGGAGAUGCUGCAGGGGAAAGGGGCAGGAAAGAAUGGGCGUUUCCAGGGCAAAGCCAACAGCCUGGCGCGCAGAGGCGACGUGGAGGCUUUUCUGCAGGAGCACUGCAAACAUCAUGCCUCAGAGGAAGAAUGAACUCAGGAACUUUCAAUACACUAAUCAAACUGAUACCCACAAAUUACAGUUACUGACUUGUAUUUUACCCCCCACCAAGGAGGAACAAUACAGUUGGAAGCAAAUACGUUUAGCCUCCCAAUGUCAUACCUAGUUUUGUGGUUAUCACUCAAUGGUCCGUUUUAGUACAUUAAUGUACAGAGACAUGAAUAAUGUCUACAGUGCUGUCAUUAAAAUGUAUAGAAAUAGA